AUGUAUGGAACGAAAGAUCAUGUAAAAUGGAUGGAACUGAGGGAUUUACUGAUGAUAAUGGGUAACUUUCAACAAAGUAAAAUCCUUGUGACUACGCGGAGUUCAAAAGUUGCUUCGAUAGUGGGUACUAUUGCUUCGUACAAGUUGAAUUGCCUUAGUCACAAAGAUUGUUUGUCUUUGUUUGUAAAAUGGGCAUUUAGGGAAGGGGAUGAGAAAGUAUAUCCAAACCUUUUGAGAAUUGGUGAUGAAAUUGUGAAAAAAUGCAAAGGGGUUCCAUUGGCAGUGAGAACUUUAGGGAGCUUACUCUACAUGAAAACUGAGCUACAUGAAUGGGAAUUUAUAAAAGAUAAUGACAUAUGGAAACUUGAUCAAAAUGAAAAUGACAUUCUACCUAUGCUGAAAUUGAGUUAUAAUCAUUUGCCAUCUCAUUUGCAAAGGUGUCUAACUUAUUUGUCAUUGUUUCCAAAGGAUACUAUUUAUGAUACUGAUUAUAUCGUCCAAUUCUGGAUGGCCAUUGGACUUAUUGAAAGCCCAAAGCAAAACGAAGAGUGGGAAGAUGUUGGGUUACAAUAUUUCAAAGAAUUAUGGUCGAGGGGUUUUGUCCAAGAUAUCGAGGAUGAACAUACAUUUUACACAUUUAAAAUCCAUGACCUAAUACAUAAUCUCUUGUCAAAUGUGUCUCAAGAUGAUUGCUUAACAAUUUAUCCUCAUACAAUAAAUGCUGCUGAAAAUAUUCGACAUCUGUCAUUUUCGGAUGAUAAUCCAUUGAGAGCUCCACAAUCAUUUUUGAAGAAUUUAAAAGGUGUGCGGACAUUAGUGAUCCUACCUUCUUCGGGAAGAAAUAGGAUAAUUGAGGAACAUUUUAUAAAUGCUUCUAUCUUGAAUUUCAAGUUCCUGCGGUCACUUGAUCUCUCCAAUUCAUUUUUGGAAGUAUUGCCCAAUUCCGUUGGCACCUUGAAGCAUUUAAGAUAUCUUGACUUGAGCUUUUGUCGAAGAAUGAGGAAACUUCCUACUUCUAUCAGUAAACUUCAGAGCUUGCUGACUUUACGGUUACUCGGCGUUCGACUGAUUGAAGUACCUGAAUGUUUGCAAAGCUUGAUCAGUCUCAGAUUUCUAGAGAUAACCACAGAUUCUCUGCUUUUAAGGGAUAUUCAACCAGGAUGUUGGAGUUCGCUUCAGUUUUUGCUCUUGGUCGACUGUGAUAUGAUAGAAUCUAUAUUUGAAGGGAUGCAACACCUCACAUCGCUGAGAAGACUGGUUAUCCAAGACUGUUCUAGAUUGAUUUCACUGCCAAGAAGUCUGAAAUUUCUUACCAAAUUAGAGGAAAUCCAGAUACUUGGCUGUGAAAAUAUCAAUUUGUGGAUGGAACAAGAAGGAGAAGAAGACCAAGACCUUCACUUGCGGCUUGAAACUUUAACAAUAUUAGGAUCAGAAGCGUUGAAGGAUUUGCCACGGUUGCUUCUUCAAGGAUCUGCUAGCACUUUUAAAUCCAUGCUAAUAAGGAGAUGUCCCAACUUCAAGGUACUACCAGAAUGGAUGCAAAAUCUCACAUCACUUAACAGGUUGGAGCUUGUAAAUUGUCCAGCAUUAUCCUCUCUUCCCGAAGGACUGAAUCGCCUCACCGCACUUAGACAAGUAAAGGUUCAACUAUGUCCUGCGCUGAGCCAAAAUUGUCAACCUGGGGUUGGUGCUGACUGGUCCAAGAUUGCACACGUUCAAGAGGUUCAUAUUGAAGAUAAAAAGAUCGUCAAGCCACGCUCUAGGUAAAUUGGUCCGGAUGCUUGGUCAAAAAAAAAAAGAGCAAGCAGGUGAGACGAUUUCAUUCAAUCUAUUAAGCUUGUUUGUUAUCAGCAACAUUUCAUGAGAAUCCGUCAAUUUUUGCUACACUUUUUCAUAUAUUAUUACGCUUAUAGGAUCUGUUUGACUGAGAAUUUUUGCUAAUUAUCUUUUGUUUUUGGAUGCAUAAAGGCAAAUAAAAUUAUAAUCAUCCGUUUUAAAAGGU